AUGUAUGGCCCCUUCCUCCAAAAUUUGGUGGACGCAUAUCCCUGUGGUGGGACUGCUCAGGCUCAGGGGCCGGAAAUGGACCCCCCUCCCUUCUUCUCAGUAAACUACCAAUAUUGCGGGAGUUGCAGCACAAAAGCGGGAAAAUGGAUAUACACCGAGCCGGCGGCAAAGGCCAUUCUCAGCUCCCACACACGCGCAACACCAGUUUUUGGUAGGUUAUAUAUUAUAAUUGUUGGAGUUCUUCCAUCAAUAAUCGGUCGUGUGGCCCAAUGGCAAGGCGCUUGUAAUCAAGAGAUUCCAGGUGAGUUCGACCCCUGGCACGAUCAACAAUUUUUUUUUUUUUGCUCUCACCUGGAGGGCGAAAAAAAUGAGACACUAGUGAGAGCAAAAAAAAAAUGCGAGAAUGUUGCCUCUUCACGCGGCAUUGGUACAAAAAUAGUCCUUGCGUAUUUCAAUGAUCCCAGUCUUGUCAGUCAACUACGAAGUAGAAAAUUCGUCCAGCUCGCACUUGACUUGAAACAUUCAUUUGGCAAACUUUGUAGUAGAAAUACGCACAAGCUCAUGGAGAGUCGUCAACAUUCGAGCAAUGAGCUCUUAUGUGUGAAAAGCUCAAUUGAUCACCCCUCUUUCACUAACAUGCCUUCACCGCAGUACGUCAUGCUAGUACACAAAAACCCCGGGCCUAUGAUCCCUUCGGCUUCUAAGAUACUGAUCACUUCUCUGAUCCAUGAACUAUAA